AUUAUUAAGCUCUGCAGUGAACUAAGGCGAAGUUAUAUUUUUUUGGCAAACAACAAUAAUUUGUUUGUUUCUUGAAUAAUUUGAACACAUCAACGUUAAGUAUGGCUGGCCCGAUGGAAAGAAUUACGGUUCUCGACGAUAUUGAAAAGGAAAUUAUUACAUGUUUACAGUGUGCAGCACAAGCUCUUCUUGAACUAGGCAAAGAGAAAUCUAGCCAAAAGCAGGCAGAGUCCAACACAUCUCAAUUUCUGAGGACCCUGAGCCAGGUUGAAAGCAAGUUAAGUGAUCAGAUCAACUAUUUGACGCAAGUGUCCACCGGUCAGCCGCACGAGGGCUCGGGCUACGCGUCACAGAAAGUACUGCAGAUGGCCUGGCACCGGCUGGAGCAUGUGCGCUCCUGGGUCAAUGAACUGGACCGCCUGAAGGCUUCACAUCUAGCGGCUAGCAGUAGGAGUGUAACUAGCAACGUCCCCAAUGGAAAUAUGACUAACUCUGGAACAAGCACAUGAUUACAGUGUUAUAACAUAUUUCAGUAAAUCAUCCUUCUGUACCUAUAAUCCUGGAAAAUUAUAUGAUACAGUGGAUUGAUACAUUGUCAGUGAAAGGACUAUGUAGCCUAAAGUAUGCUAAAUUAAACAUUGAUGUGUGUAGACAUUAAUCAUAUUUAUAGUAGUAUAGCAAUAGAGGUUGGAAAGAAUCUAUAGACAUUGACAUAUAUACUAUACAUGUAACAACAACUUAUUCGAUGUAGCUGUUCCAAACCUGUUAAUGUUAUGCCUAUCUUAAAAAUAGUCUGUUCACUGUUAGUUUGAGAUAGUUAAUGAAUUUUUAAUUUUGUUCCAGUUUUCUGAAAUUUUAACUCAAUAAAUGUUAUACAGUGGAAUCUUGAUAAUCCGGUACAUCCAUUAAUCUGGCACUAAAUAUGUAUGUUAAUGUACUUCAGACGAAAGCAGUAGUGGAGUAGAAAUAAUUUGUACUUAUCUAUAGGGCCCUUGUAAUAUUAGAGUAUAAUUCUGUACAUGGCGGGAAGAAGUUGAUAAUUUGUGACAUAAAAUGGAAGAAAUUUGAAUCUUAUGUAAUUCUAUUUUAAGUUCAAAUUUCUUCAAUUUUAUAUCUUGAGUUAUCAACUUCUCGCCGUAUACCUAAUUAUCAUUCUGGGUUUUAUAAAAUACUUGUUACCUGUAAUUGCUGGAUGUCACUUUGUAACAAAUUUGUUAGAAAGAGAGACAAAUAAGUGUAUACAUUCGUGUAGACAAAUAAGUAUUACAGCCCUUUAUAAAACACAACUCUGUACUUUUUCAACUAAAAAUAGUGUUCCAUACUUUUGAUGUUGAUGUUGCGUCCGCAGGGGUUGCAUAGACUUGCUGGGUGAGAAACUUGUAAAACCUAUACAGGGUGAUUCAGGAGACGUGAGCAGGAUCAAGCUUGAGCAUUCAGUAAGUUAUAAGCAACUGUUUCGUACCAGUAUUUGUGAGAUUAACGUUCUUUAAUUUUUUACUGUUCAAAAAAAAUAGUUUUGAUUUAUUUACGCCAUGUAUGGUCACCCUCUUUGUUUUAUCCAUAAGUGACACAAGUGACAAAUUGAAUGUCAUCGGAGUCUGGUUACUUUUGAAAAAUCGUAUCUCACGCAAGUGUGACAUUUUGUUUUCUUCAUAAUCAAACUGCUGUCAUAACGGUUAAAGAGGUUUUAUCUUUCUUAAUUAAGUGUUGUAGGGUGUCCAUGAUUGUAGAUAAUCAAAUUUGUCCUUAACAAAAAGUUAAAUACCAGAUAAAAAGCGUGAUUGUUUUACUUAAAUAUGAUGGUGAACGAUUCAUUAACAUUUACUGAUUGUGUAUGCUUAGUCCUGGUCACUUCUCAUGAAUCACCCUGUAUAUAGCAUACCUAUCAAUAUGUAAGAUUACAAUGGGUAUGUUAUAUGACAAGGACGAAUUUGGGUUUUUUUAUAAUUUUGUGAGAUACAGAGUUCAUUAUGGUGUUAGAGUGAUCCAACACUGUUACAGUUAUAUGUAUAUUAUAACAUUGUACGACAGGGACAACAUAAUAACAUAUACACUAUCAAUACUAUCAUGUUGUCCCUUUUACACUGUGUUACAUAUCGUUAUAUAUAUAAUUGCCAGUAUGGCAGCACCAUUAGACAGAAAUAUAGAUAUUAUAUAGAGUUAGUAUUGAUCAAUUCUGUCUUUAGUAACGUAAUUAAAAUUAUUGUAAAUUUAAAUAAAGAAUAAACAACUAAAAGUAUCCAUGCUACAUUUUGAAAAAUAAAUAAAUACACCUUUA